AUGUCAAAUCCAAAACGUAUUGUUAUUGAAUUGAGAAAAGAUGUUGCUCCCAAAACUGCUGAAAAUUUCAGAGUUUUAUGUGUCGGUGAUGAUCCAAAACUUAGAUACGAAGGUUCCAAAUUUCAUCGUAUCAUUCCCCAAUUCAUGCUUCAAGGCGGUGACUUUGAGAGAGGUGAUGGUAGAGGCGGGAAAUCCAUCUAUGGUGCAAAAUUCCCUGAUGAAAACUUUACAUUGAAGCAUACCGGCCCUGGUGUUCUUUCCAUGGCAAAUUCUGGACCUAACACCAAUGGGUCUCAAUUUUUUAUUUGCACUGUAAAGACUUCUUGGUUGGAUAAAAAGCAUGUUGUCUUUGGUCAUGUUACUGAAGUUACUGAGAUUGAAAAAUUGGGUUCAUCAGACGGAACUCCUCAAAAAGAAGUUAUAAUUACUAAGUGUGGUGAAUUACCUGAAAAAAAUAAUUAA